CCUAUUAUCCUUUCUUCAUACUUCUAUUUCUCCCUCCUUUUUAUAUCUCCUUCCUCCUCUGUUUUUUCUAUCUAUUCCUCUGUUUUUCCCUGAUUUUUUUGUUUUUUUACAUCCUGAACAAUUCUCCAUUAGAAGAAAUGUGGGCAGCAGGGGCUGAUAAUCAAGGCAACUUCCUUGGCCGGAUUAGCAUCCGUCGAAACCAAGUCGCUUCCAUGGAAGGAGAAGCUGAAGAUUUAGAGCUUUUUCAAAGAAAAAUUUGUGAUUGUUUUUCUGAUCUUUUACCUCCUUCUAAUACUAAAAAAGAUAACAAUCAUACACCUCUCUUACCGCCGUCUCUUUCUCUCACCACCACGACCGUUGAUCCUCCUAUUGACGGCGAUAACGACGGAGAUACCACCCCUUUUGCUGGUGGUGAGACCCUCCUUUCGAUUCCUUGGCUUAGGAAGCUUUUAGAUGCAUUUUUAUGUUGCGAGGCGGAGUUUAAGGCUGUUCUUUUAAUGGGAAGAGAACCUUCUCAGAUUGCGAAAUCACCGCUUGAUCGUAUGAUUCCUGAUUUUUUGGAUAGAACUGUUAAAGCUAUGGAUGUUUGUAAUGCAAUUAGUCAUGGUGUUGAUGCUAUUAAAUUUAUGCAAUCUCAAGCUCAAAUCAUUGUUUCUGCUUUGGAACAAAGGCCCUUCACUGAUGGUCAGAUAAAGAGGGCUAGAAGAGCAUUAGCAGCAUUACAGGGUUCAAUUGUGGUGGAUGAGAAGGAAAACAACGGUAAAUCAACGGAACGAUCAUGGUCCUUUGGAAGACGUACAGGCGGCGCCGGCGCGUCAGUCAAGGAACGCCAUCACGCGCCGAAUUUCUCAUGGAGCGUGGCGAAGCAUUGGUCAGCCGCAAAGCAAAUUCAAUCCAUCUCCUCCAAUCUAUACCCGCCACGUGGUGGAGAGUCAACCGGUUUAGCCCUUACAGUGUAUAUCAUGAGCGUGGUCCUUGUUUUUGUAAUGUGGACACUAGUAGCUGCAAUUCCAUGUCAGGACAGGGCCGGGCUUGGGACCCAUAUCCCUGUACCAAAGCAAUUAAAUUGGGCCCAUGGGAUGUGUGGGAUUCAGGAAAAGAUAGCUGAGGAAUGGAAAAGAAAGGAAAAGAAAGGGUCAGCUGGACUAGUGAAAGAAGUGGUGAAGGUUGAGAAAUUGGGCCAAUCAUUGGUGGAGUUUGCAGACAAUUUUCAAUACCCGAUGGAGGAAGAGAAGGAGGCGGAAUUUGCAUCUCAGGUGUCAGAAUUGGCGGAGAUAUGCCGGAGAAUGGAUGAUGGGCUGAGCCCGUUACAAGUACAGAUUAGGGAGUUGUUCCAUAGACUUGUAAAAAGUCGUGCUACAAUGCUUGAUGUCCUCGAACAAGCCGCCAAGUCAGCAACUCCUGAUGUAUAAGAUACAAAUAAUUAAUCAUAAAGUUAAAAAAAAAAAAAAAUUAUUUUAUUUUAUUUUAUUUGUGUAAUGUAGAAUUUUGUCACAUGGGAAAUUUUAUUUUAUAAGCAUAUCAAAUGCUGGAAAAAAGGUUUAGAAACUUUAAAACAGAAAAAAAAACACAUUAAUGGGGAAUAGAGUUAGUAAUUGAGUACAGUGUGAUAUUACUAAUUAGGAAGUUUUUGGGUAUUGCCCAUAUACUUGUUACAGAAAUUGACCAUUAUGAUUUGUUUGGAGUUGUAAAUGGUAAAAAAUAUAUCCAUAUAUAUAU